AUGUCAAAUCUCGAAACAGAUGGCGAGAAGAACUCAUCGCCUCAACUUCACCCUAAACUUUGCAAGGGAGAUGUCGCUUUCACUUCAUCCGACGGGAUCAUGUUCAGACUAAAAAGGGAAACUCUCCUAGAAUGCAAUGCUAGUGUCGUAUUUCAGGAGAUGCUGGAGCUGCCUGAACCUUCCGGAAACGAAGUCGAGCCAGAUGCCCAAUGCAAUAAGCAAGGUAUGGACAACAAAGCCAUCGACAUGAAAGUGGAUUCAAAGGUACUCGAAGGCUUUUUGGGACUAUUGAUCACACCAAUUCCGAUGAUGCCUUCUCAGUCCUUCGAAGAUGUUUGCUCAAUCCUCAAGCUCUGUCACAAAUAUGAUGUCAGGGUAGAAUAUAUGGACAUGGUCAGACAGAGGAUAUCAGAAGCUGCUAGUCCUGGACCUCAUCGAUUUUGGAUAACUCUGAAGCUAGCUUCACGGCUUGACGACCGCUCUUUGGGCAAGAUGAUAUUAUCCCAAUUCAAUGCAGAAAGCUUACACGAAUCUUAUGAGCCCCAUUUCUCAAAGCUCUCUUUCUCUUGGCAGGGCAAGAUCAACUCUUUGUGCCUUGAGCAUUCCACAGAAAUCGAAGUAAAGCAAGGUCAGGGUCGGUUCGCGGACAGCUACAAAUACUUCGCCAGACCGAUACGACGCGGCAAAUGGGUCACGCUAUUUGAUAAUUUCGCUUCUGACAAAUGGUAG